AUGAUUGCCUAGAAAAAUACAAAAAUUAAAAAUGAUCACAUUUUGGUUGGAAGUUGUGAAAUGGAAGACUUAACAAGUAUUUGAAUAGAUGAAUACAUAAUAGUUUAUCCAUAUGAAUUAGUUAAUAGAGAGUUUUUUGGAUUUAUUGAGAAAACAUCUUUUAUUAAGGAAAAUUAAGAGCUGUUAUCUAAAGUAGGUCAAAAUUUAAGAUUGAAUUACAAAGAUUGGCCUACAGUCGAUUAAGCUAUAUUACUUUUUAAAAAGAAUAUGUAACAGUAUUGUUGAAUUUUAAGCCAAAAUGCUAAAAAGAAGUCAAUAAAAUGGAGUGAUUUUGAAAAGAAACUCUUUUAUUGGAUUGUUAUGAGAUAUUAUAUAUAUAAAGGAAUAAAGGAUAAUAAAUAGUUAGUAUAGAAUGAUAUUAAUUUAAUAAAGGCUACAGAGUAAUGGAGAGAAAUAUCAAAAAUGGUUUUAGGAAGAAAUGCUCAUUAAUGUCGAUUGAAAUGGGAAUAAAAAUAUAAAAUACCAUUAUCUGAGGCACCUUGGACUGAAUAAGAGGACAACUUACUUUAUUAAGUGCAUGAGUAAGAGUGUUUCUAAGUUUUAGAGAAUUUAAGAAAACAGGUAGGGAGAAUAAAUGGUCAUAAAUCUCAAGAGAAAUAUUUAAAAGAUCUAAUAAUAAAAUAUUUAGAUAACCUAAAUAAUGUAGAGAAAGAUGGAUUAAUCGUUUGGAUCCAAAUAUUUCUAAGUACCAAAAAAGAUAAUAAUUAGCGACCCUUGGAAUAAAUAAUAAGAAAUAGAUUUGUUGAAAACAAUACUAAUGAGAGGUAAAAAAUGGUCAGAACUUUCAACACUUUAUGGGAGAGUUAGAACUGAGAACUCUUUAAAAAAUAAAUACAAUUCAAUCCUAAAAAAAGAAAAAAUGAAAUAUGAAUUUGAAACGAUAAAUCCUCAUUUAUUUGAGAAAGUAUAAAAAUUGCGAAAAGACUAUUCUAAACGGUAUGGUAAUGUCACUCCAAUUGAAGAAAUAGAUAACUAUGAAUGGCAAUUUAUAGUUUUAGCAAUUUAAGGCUUAUAUAUUGAUUAAUGCAUGUUAGAAGGUAAAAUUGAAGAAGCUUAAAAAAUAAAUAAUGAUGAUUUUUUUAAUUUAUUUCAUGAAGAUCCUUCAAUCAAAACAUCCAAAACCAUCCUAUAUAAAAAAGAACUUAAUAUUAAGAAGGUAGAUCAGAAUUUAAUUCUUAAUAAUGAAAAGUGUGGAGUUGUUAUAUUUAAUCAUAAAAAUAAUAAAUUAUAUCUAACACCUUAUAAUGUAAUAGAUUUUUAAAAUAUUGUUUUAAAUCAAAUUAAAAAGAAAGUUAAAGUAGAAGAUAAUACUACAACUUCAUCUACUUAAUCUGAUCCAAAUCAAAAUUAUAUAAGAAAUUCAAUAGGUACUUAAUCAAUCUAAUAACUAUUAUAUUUCGCAAAUUAACCUAACUAUUUUGUUCCAUUAAAUUAAAGUAUUUUUAAUAGUUAUUGGUUGCCACCAGUCUUUCCUUAAUAAAUUGUAUCUUCUUAAGUUUAAAACAAUAAUUUUAUCGGUCUUUAAAAAUUUUAAGAAGAUAAAAUAAAUGAAAAUGAAAACUAGAAAAAAGGUGAUUUAAAUGAUAUUUUUGAGUAAAUUGGAGUUGAUAUUAAAAUAGUCAAUACAGAUGAUGAAUAAUGA